GUCAGUGAGGCAGCCGGGUUGAGCCCUGCCACCAUGGCUAUGUGGUGCAACAUCAGCCUGCAGCCUGUUAUUGAGGCCUAUGCUGCAGCUAUAACUCUCUACUCCCACAUUAACAUAACUCACAUGGGCGUGGGGCCGACGACUGUGAAUGCCACUGCUGCCAGGAUUGCCGAGACCAUGCAGGCUCUGUACCACGUCAUUGUCAACCAAUCACUUGUGACAGAGCAGCUUAUCUCAGCUUUCUCCAAGCAGCUCUCGACGCUGGCAGGCCAGCCUCUGAGCCCGCAGGCGCAGCUUUACUGGAACAAGCAGCUCCAGGACAUACAGUUACAGAACAGCUUGUCUUCAAUCAAAAUGCUCACAGACGAGCUGAGUAAAGAGGCCCCCUCCCUCCAGCCGUACAUCGAGGCACUAGAGAAAGCAGUGCGUUACUUCAUCAGCAAUGCCCCUCUCCUUCAAAACAGCAGCACCUCCCAGGACCUCCUCAAACAGACAGCGAUGAUCUUCCUAACCUCUGCCAACAUCACCACAGGUGACAUCUUCUCCACGAUGUUGGGGAACAUUUCCGGACUCAACGAGGCGUCCAUUAUCAACACGAUGAGAGAAGUUGUCAAACUCAUGACUGAGCUGAAACUACUUGGUGAUGACCCCAUGGUUUACCAAGCCCUGGAGCAAAUCCUGGCAUCCAACGACACAGCUCUGAUUGUGCGGAAGGUUUUGGAGAUGACUACGUGGUUGGGCUCCACUCGAGCGUCCGGAUUGGAUCUGCUGAUGCAGGUGCUGCACAGAAUGUAUGACAUCCUCAGGUCCAUCUUGUCCCUCCUGACCAAGCUGGGAGUGCAAAUGCCGGAAAACUCUGAGCUGUUCAAGGACCUAGCCGGGAACGUCAUAGCAAUGCUGAGGCAGUUGUUGAGCACCCCUGGUCUUCUGUCUCCUAUGCAUCAGCAGCUGGGAAUGUCAAGGCCAGAAAUGACCGGCGGUAACCAUUCAGUGAUGGUCCGACACAGACGCGAGGCCCUGAUGAUGCCAAUGAGGGACCCCAUGGAUGACUUCAUUGACUUGUUCUUCAUUGACUACCCCUCCAUGUUCAGAGCCAUCUCCGUUCCUCCCACCUCAGGAGAAAUCUUGGAGACAGUCCACAUGUUCUUUGCCAAUCCUGAUCUGAGUGUUGUGUUGAAGGGAGUUACGAGGGACGUGCCAUGGGGCUUGAAUGCCUCUCGGGAAGAGACCAUUAAUGCUGCUCUUGAGGGGCUCUCCUUCUUCACAUUAUCCAGUGCAUUUCAGAUGUCAUCGAUGGAUCUCCUGACGAGUGCUGUUGAUAAGCUUCCAGAUGCCAUUCCAUUCUCCCCUGUGUUAAAAAAUAUCACCCGGAUUCUGGCCAAUGAGUCUCAAGAGAUCCUGAUGCUCAUGCAGCAGGUCAUCCAAACAGCCACUGAGCUCUUCCAAAGCAACAUGACCGACCAGCAACUCUCAGAGAAACUUACCCUCCUGAGAUCCCAGGUGUGCGCCUUGGAGGAUACGGAGACUAUGCAUCAGCUGCUGUGGUUCCUCUCCAUAGAGCGUGGUCAGCUGUGCGGCACCAUCCUGCCCAGCCUGCAGAUCCUGGCAGAGAGUCUGAUGAUAAACGCCAGUGUGCUGACCGAUGCCGUCUUCCAGAGUUUCAUCGGGGAGCCCAAAAACUACAACAUCCAGUCGAACUGGACCUCUAUGUUGGGUCAAGGUUUGGACACCAGCAGCCUGCGCUCUCUCAACAUUAACGUCACCUCCCCAGGAGAGGUGACGGUUGGUGAGUUGCUGAGAGAUAAAGCUGACUUUGUUCAGGAUGUUCAGCGGCACAUGGAUUUCGAUCCAGCAGCUCUGCAACUGCUGAUGGAUGCCGUUGUACCAAACAACAAUUUAGAGAUCCUGUCCUGGUUGGUGAACCUGCGUCAGUGCACCUCCACAUCCUCAGUGAACAUGAAAGCGUCAGACGCGGCCAUCUUAAAGACCUUCUGCUCCAUGAGUGUUGAGCAGUGGUACAGCUUUUCACUGCUGAUGGUGCGCCAUCUCAACAUGGAAAAAGUCAUCUACAGAGUGGUGUUGUCUGAAGACAUGCAGAGCCUGGUGGUGGUUAUGCUUCAGAUGGCUGAGUCUUUAACUGAAAUGAUGAACAACAUUCUUCCUACAAUCAACAAACUGCAAAGCUACCUGCUCUCCAUUGAAGACCUCAACCUGAUGGCCAACCAGGAAUUCAACCUUAUGUCCAGAGGAUAUAAAAGAUCCAUCUCUAGCAAGGCUACGUUCGUCACCCUCUCUCGAGCGCUGUGCAGUAACGGUAUCAUGGCUCUAUUUGGAAUCUCCAAACUGCCCCCCAUGUCGGAGCCGAACCCCGACUUCCCCAGCGGCCAACAGAGGGAGGAGAUGAUCGAGCGGUUCAAGAUACCACGAAAUGCCACUCCCUUCUGCAUGAACAUGUACCUGGACAUGGUCAACACCACAGGAGGAGCCAUCGCCUGGGCCUUCCUCAAACCAAUGCUGAUGGGGCAAAUCCUGUACACCCCUGACACGCCCAUCACAAGAGCCAUAAUGGAGAAGGCCAAUGCCACCUUGCAGGAGUUUGCAAAUCUGAGGAAAAACUCACAAGACUGGAUCCAAUCCUCAGACUACAUCAUCAAUUCUGCCGAACUGCUCAGCCACACUCUGCCGAUGCUGCAGAAUUCCCUCAGCAACUCCUUUGUGAAGAAUUUCAUUGAGAUGCAGACUGACAUCGAUGUCGACAGAAUGAAAGACACACUUAGCAGCUUUUCUAACAUGUCGGUGAUGCUGGAGAAGAACAAACACAUACUGAGUCAGAUUACCACCCUGUCCACCCUGAUGGUCGACCUGUCCUCCUGUAUCAAGUUUGACCGUUACCGUGGCUACGACUCUGCCAAGCAGCUCAACAACGAAGCUCAGGAACUCGCCAAAAAUCGCAAUCUCUACGCAAGUGUCAUCUUCAAGCUCCCCAAAGAUGACGACUCAUCCAAGAACCGUCACGCCAGGUCUUCCUCCAACGCAUCUUCCCUGCCUCCCCAAGUCAGCUACACUAUCCGCAUGCACAUGGACAACGUCAUGCGUACUGACAGAGUGCGGGACCCCUAUUUUGUGAAGGACACCCACCUUCUGGCCAGGCAGACCAUGCGCUACAACCGAGGCUUCGUGUAUCUACAGGAGAACAUCGACCGGGCUAUCAUCGAAUCCCAGACCGGGAAGAGAGUCACAGAGCCGUCCGUGCAGCUGCAGCCCUUCCCCUACCCGUGCCAUUUGCGUGAUGAGUACCUGGAGGCCAUCUCUUUUGUCUUCCCAAUCAUGCUGAUGUUAGCAUGGGUGCUCUUCAUUGCCGACUUUGUGAAGAAACUCGUGCAUGAGAGAGAAUUGAGGCUGCAUGAGUACAUGAAGAUGAUGGGGGUCAACCCACUCAGCCACUUCUUUGCCUGGUUCGUGGAGUGCGCCACCUACCUCGUGUUGACCAUUGUCAUCCUCACGCUGGUGCUGAAAUACGGCAAAAUCCUGCCCAACAGCGACAGCUUCCUCAUGUUCUUGUACCUGUGCGACUAUGGCCUGAGCAUCAUUGCCUUCAGCUACCUGGUCAGCUCCUUCUUCGACAAGACCUACAUCGCUGGCCUGAGCGGCAGCCUCCUCUACAUCCUCUGCUUCUUCCCUUUCAUCGUGGUCAUGGCCAUGGAGACAAAUCUCACCUUUUCUCAGAAGAGUGCUCUGAGUUUGUUUUCCCCAACCUGCUUCAGCUACGCCAGUCAGUAUGUGUCUCGCUAUGAGGCCCAAGGAGAAGGGAUUCAAUGGAGCAACUCGUACACUUCACCGAUCGCUGGUGACACAGCCUCGUUCGGGUGGCUGUGCUGGCUGAUGUUCAUCGACUCAACCCUCUACUUCACUAUCGGGGCUUACAUCCGCAUGGUCUUUCCAGGAAAAUAUGGCAUCCCCUCGCCAUGGUACUUCCCCUUCAAAGCCUCCUUCUGGGCCGACCUGUGCUGCUGCAUUAAGUCAAAGACUCAGACGGGCAAAGGACUCCUCUUCAACAACAUCAUGCAGAAAAACCCACCUGUCUUCCCUGACAACAAGGAAAAAGGCAAGAGCACGCUUUCCUUCCAGGCCGGUGAGGAUUUCUCUGAGCUGCCAGUGGGCGUCGCCCUCCACGGUCUCAACAAGAUGUACUCCAACCGAGUCGGUAUUCAAAACCUCAACGUUUCCUUCCACGAAGGCCACGUCACCUCGUUGCUUGGUCACAACGGAGCCGGCAAGACCACCACCAUGUCUCUCCUGACAGGUCUUUUCGCCCCAACAUCUGGCACAAUAGAAGUGUACGGUAGAGACAUGCAGACCAACAUCGACGACAUUCGUAAGGACCUGGGCGUGUGCAUGCAGUAUGACGUCCUCUUUGAACACAUGACCACCAAGGAGCACCUCCUGCUGUACAGCCAGAUCAAGGCCCCACACUGGUCGCGCGGGGAACUGCGCGAGCAAGUCCGAACGAUCCUAGAAGAGACAGGAAUGUACGUUCACAGACACAAGCGGGUGGGCACCCUGUCGGGCGGCAUGAAGCGCAAGCUGUCAAUCUCCAUCGCCUUCAUAGGAGGCUCUCGCUUGGUGGUUCUGGAUGAACCCACCACAGGAGUUGAUCCUUGCUCGAGGCGCAGCAUCUGGGACAUUGUUAUCCAGCAUAAAAAAAACCGCACCAUCAUCAUGUCCACCCACCACCUGGACGAGGCUGAAGUGCUCAGCGACCGUAUCGCCUUCCUGGAGAGUGGAGGAUUAAAAUGCUGCGGCUCCCCCUUCCACCUGAAAGACAAGCUGGGUCAGGGCUACAAACUCACCCUCACCAAAAAGCUGCAGAACCUUGAUGCUGAAGCAAUCGACAGUGCUGAACUGAAGGAGUUUAUCCAAGCCCAUGUACCUGAAGCUCGACUGAAGGAGGCCCAAGGGGGCGACUUGGUCUACUCGCUGCCCCCCUUCACCUCAGCCAACGCCUCCUCAUACCGCUCCCUCCUGACCGCGCUAGACUCCAACCUGGACACCCUGCAGCUCGGGGGCUAUGGCAUCUCUGACACCACCCUAGAGGAGGUCUUCCUCCAGUUGACUCAUGACAACACAGAAAGUGACAGCGUCCCACUGUCGAUCUCAGAGACCAUUUCUGACACAGGAUCUGUGGACAGUUUCCCUUCAGACAACGGUGAAAGCCUUGGUGACAAGAUCAAGCUUACUGGCUCAUCCAUUGUUUCUGGAAUGGCUCUGGCCUGGCUGCAGAUAUCAGCCAUACUGGUCAAGAGGUUCCACCACAGCCGCAGGGACUGGAAGGGCCUGAUCGCCCAGAUCCUGCUCCCUGUUCUGUUUGUAAUAUUUGCAAUGGGCAUGGGAUCCAUAAGGAGCGACCUCCGGCACUAUCCUGAGCUGGAGCUGAGCCCUGCGCUCUACAACAUUGGACCGAGCUACUCCUUCUUCAGGAACCAAAAUCCCAGCUCCGGGAACCUGGUGGACUCCAUGAUGUCAUACCCUGGGAUCGAUAACGCCUGCCUUGACAGGCCUAAUAACCCGGUCUGCGGCCGAAACACAUACCAGUGGAGUUCCAGAGGGAACAGCUCUAAAGGAUUUAGUAUCUGUAAAUGCACCAGACAGGAACAGGUUUGUGAUGAGGACAACUAUCAGCCGCCACAUAGGAGCAUCGCUUCAUCUCAGGUUGUUUAUAACCUCAGUGGCAUCAACGUGGAGAACUACCUGGUGGCCACAGCCAAUGACUUCAUCAGGAACAGGUAUGGUGGGUUCGAUUUUGGGAUGCGGCUUCCUACUGACUUACAAAUGGACCUUCGAGCGGUGCCCAAAAAUCGCACUCUGUCUAAGGUCUGGUUCAACCCUGAGGGCCACCACACAAUGCCAGCAUACUUAAACAGCCUCAACAACCUCAUCCUUCGCUCCAAUCUUCCAGCAGACAAGGAUCCACGUGAAUACGCCAUUUCAGUUUCCAGUCACCCGUAUUUCGGUCGGCCGGAUGAUGAAGAUGCAAUUAUUCAGGGGAUGCUCCAGAUCCUUGUGGCUGUGUGCGUGCUGACGGGUUACUCAAUCACGACAGCCAGUUUUGCCAUCUAUGAAGUCCAUGAGCACCACAGCGGCUCCAAGAGGCUCCAGCACAUUGCCGGCAUCAGCGAGCCCUUCUACUGGGCUGUGAACUUCCUCUACGACAUGGUCAUCUAUCUGAUCCCCGUGACUUUGACAAUCUGUGUGGUUGCAGCCUUCCAGGUCCCAGCGUUCACAGAUCGGCAGAAUCUGGGUGCCGUCGCCCUCCUUCUGGUGCUCUUUGGGUUUUCCACCUUCCCCUGGAUGUAUCUGUUGUCAGGCGUCUUCAAGGAUGCAGAGAUGGCUUUCAUCACCUACGUGUGCAUCAACCUCUUCAUCAGUGUCAACACCAUCAUGUCCACCUCUAUUCUCUACUUCCUUGGCCAAAUUUCAGUGGGCAACAGUGAGCUCAUCAACAUUAUCUUCGAAAGGCUGAGCUACGCCUUCCUCAUCUUCCCCCAGUUUAACUUUGGGAAUGGGCUGCUGCACCUGGCGAGGAAAAACAUAGAGGUCCAGAUCCUCAGUGGCUAUGGCGUUGAUGCCUAUCAGAACCCAUUCUCCACAGACGCCCUGGGCUGGAUGUUCCUCUCCUCCUUCAUCCAAGGCGUGGUCUUCUUCACGCUGCGUCUCCUGCUCAACAAGUUCCUUCUGCGAAAAGUCAGGCAUUUGAUUUGUGGCAGAAAGACUUUGCCACGGGUGGCUGGUGAGGAUGAGGAUGAGGACGUGGCAGCAGAGCACCUACGGGUCUCCAGUGGAGCAGCCAACAUGGACAUACUGCAGGUCAACCAGCUCACCAAGAUCUAUCAACACUUAAAGAGGAAGGUCCCUGCUGUCAAGAGGCUCUCUGUGGGAAUCCCUGCAGGAGAGUGCUUUGGUCUGCUGGGAGUGAACGGAGCAGGAAAAACCACCACCUUCAAGAUGCUGACUGGAGAUGUUAGCCCCACUGAUGGCACAGCACAGAUCAGGGACUGGGAUGGGCGGUUGGUCGACAUCAUGGAUUGCCGUAGCAAGGGAAUCAACAUCGGCUACUGUCCCCAGGAGGACGCUCUGGACAAUCUGCUCACAGGAGAAGAGCACUUGUACUUCUAUGCUUGCAUCAGAGGCAUCCCGAAGAGGGACCGAGAAAGGGUGGUGAACUACCUGCUGAAGAGGCUGGAGCUCAGCUACCACAGGAACAUCAUCACUGAGGGUUACAGCUGCGGCACCCGCAGGAAGCUCUCGACGGCGCUGGCUCUCAUCGGACACCCGCAGAUCCUGCUCCUGGACGAGCCAAGCUCUGGCAUGGACCCUCGCACCAAGCGUCACCUGUGGAAAAUCAUCUCAGAGGAAGUGAAAGGAAAAUGUGCUGUGGUCCUCACCUCUCACAGCAUGGAGGAGUGUGAGGCGCUGUGCAGCCGUCUUGCCAUCAUGGAUAAAGGUCAGUUCCGAUGCCUGGGCUCUCUGCAGCACAUUAAGAACAGGUUUGGCAGCGGGUUCACCGUGAGGAUGUACUUGGCUGAGGCCUCCUGCGACGCAGAUGCAAUCACUGGCUUCAUGCAGCGCAGAUUCCCCAGCACUUACCUCAAGGACCAGCACUCCACUAUGGUGGAGUACCACGUACCAGUUGCACCAGGAGGGGUGGCAGACAUCUUCGACCAGCUGGAGUCAAACAAGAAUGCUCUGCAGAUCAAACACUUCUCUGUGAGCCAGACCACACUGGAUGAGGUCUUCAUCAAUUUCGCCAUGGGAAAGAUCGGCAUGGAGACCAUACCAAUUCACAGUGAAGAAGAAGAGUGUUAUGAUCUGGACUGCAAGAAGGCAGUAGAUGCAUAGAGCACUGCCUGACUGCCACCUUCUUCUCCUCCCUCCCUCCCUCCUUUUCUCCUUCUCGCUUACUCUCUCUCUACCUCUUUCACUCACUCACUCACUCACUCACUCUCUUGACUAAAGAUAUGUGAAGGAACCUUAUCAAAUCAGACUCGCAAUGAGAAGCAAAAAACUCAUGUACGUUUGCAUUCAUGCACAUGUGAAAGAAGUUUUUUUCCUAUGUUACGGGACAUUUGUUUGUUUACCUUGAUUUCAACAUAUGUUAUUUAUGAAGGAUAUGAAGUUAUCAUGUAGACUAUUGAUUUCUUUCUCUGUGGUUGAUGGACAGUUUACUAUAUAUUACUCCAUAGGAGAUUAAAUGCAUUGUGUUUGACAUAUUUUUGAUUUAGAAUCAUUUUAAUUUGAUUUAUGUUUUCUGGAUGAAGUCCUCUGGACAAACAUCCUUAAUAGGCACUUUUAUCCAACUCAUUAACUCUUCCUCUUAGGGCAUAUCUACUUUUAGAAUGAAUGAAAUGAUAUGAUGUAAUUGAUUAAAUUAUUUAAUGUAGUCUUUCCUACUUAUGGACCUGUUCUAAAUGGCAUUGAAUGCAUUAAGCCUAUUUUUUUUAUUCUAAUAAAGCUA